AUGGCAGACUCCGCACAGGCCCAGGAGCUGGUCUACCUGGUCACAGGGGGCUGUGGCUUCCUGGGGGAGCAUGUUGUCCGAAUGCUGCUGCAGCAGGAACCCCGGCUUCGUGAGCUGCGGAUCUUUGACCUGCACCUGGGUCCCUGGCUGGAGGAGCUGAAGACAGGGCCAGUGCAGGUGACUGCCAUCCAGGGGGAUGUGACCCAGGCCCACGAGGUGGCAGCGGCUGUGGCUGGAGCCCACGUGGUCAUCCACACGGCCGGGCUGGUGGACGUGUUUGGGAGGGCCAGUCCUGAGACCAUCCAUGCGGUCAACGUGCAGGGCACGAAGAAUGUGAUUGAGGCUUGUGUGCAGACUGGAACACAGUUCCUGGUCUACACGAGCAGCAUGGAAGUUGUGGGGCCCAACAUCAAAGGCCACCCCUUCUACAGGGGCAAUGAGGACACCCCGUACGAAGCGGCGCACAGACAUCCCUAUCCUCGCAGCAAGGCCCUAGCUGAGCAGCUGGUUCUGGAAGCCAAUGGAAGGAAGGUCCGCGGGGGGCAGCCCUUGGUGACAUGCGCUCUGCGUCCCACCGGCAUCUAUGGUGAAGGCCACCAGAUCAUGAGGGACCUCUAUCACCAGGGCCUGCGCCUGGGAGGCCGGCUCUUCCGGGCCAUCCCAGCCUCUGUGGAGCACGGACGGGUCUAUGUUGGCAACGUGGCCUGGAUGCAUGUGCUGGUGGCCCGGGAGCUGCAGGAGCGAGCGGCCUUGAUGGGCGGCCAGGUGUACUUCUGCUAUGACAAGUCACCCUACAAGAGCUACGAGGACUUCAACAUGGAGUUCCUGGGCCCCUGUGGACUCCGGCUGGUGGGCACCCGCCCGCUGUUGCCCUACUGGCUACUGAUGAUUCUGGCCGUCCUCAACGCCCUGCUGCAGUGGCUACUGCGGCCGCUGCUGCUCUAUGCGCCCCUGCUUAACCCGUACACCCUGGCCAUGGCCAACACCACCUUCACCGUCAGCACCGACAAGGCUCAGCGCCAUUUCGGCUACGAGCCCCUGUUCUCAUGGGAGGAGAGCCGGACCCGCACGGUUCGCUGGAUGCAGACCAUGGACAGCUCGGCCCAGUGA